UUCUGAACGCUCCUGUAAAGUUAAAAACAGACUUUGUUUAUCUUGCAGGCGGUUUGCUGAAAUCCAAUCCGACCAGCGAGCUUGCCCUACUUCCCCGACGACUUUAUCAGUAUUAUUUUUUUUAUUUUCCGUCUUCGCCGCUGACACUUCACUCCUUCACUCCGUAGCAUUUCGACACUCUGUGUCAUCAUAUUUUAAAAAUUUUUUUUUACCCCUUUGGAGCUCUUUAAUCGGGGACGGUGCACGAGCGAAACAAGGAAAACAGUUUAGGCGUUCCGGUUUGUUUGUUUUUCCCUCCACGCAUCUCAAUCUGUGCGGACGAACCAGCGCAGCUUUGUUCCGGGUGAGGGGGGGGAAUCUCCUGCCGCCGACUGCAGCCCAGCGCCGUGACUGUGAGGUGGGUUUUUAACCGAGCACUCGAAGAGAGAGAGAGAGAGAGAGAGAGAGAGCGCCAUGGCGACCCAAGUGGAUGCGUUGUCCUCCGCACCUCAAGCCGACGGGGCGGCUACCUUGGAUCACCAGCCCGAGACCAGCUGUCCUUAUAGUGAUGACGAUGAUGGACUGGACGAGGCGGAGGUCAAUGGCAACUGGACGCCCCAAGAGAAAGCACUCCACGAGGCUCGCCUCAAAGCCAAAGCCAAGCGCCGCCUGCGCAGAUCCUCAUCCCGCAACUCGACAAGCGAGUCCGUCUCAGAGUCAGGCGAGACGCCAGGAGGCGACCCGCAUGCCGUGAAGGGCAAAGUUCACAACAACGACCGCAAGUCGAGGACAGGCAAAGGCAGAGGCUUGCCAAAGAAAGGUGGGGCAGGUGGAAAAGGAGUUUGGGGUGCUCCUGGGAUGGUUUAUGAAGCUGAAGAACCGGACGUACGAGACCCCAACUAUGAUGAAUCUGCUCAGGGUGACACUGUUUAUGAAACGGUUGUGCCAGAGGUGGAAGAGAAGGAACUAGAAAAAAUGGUAAACCCGAUCGUAUUGGAGUACUUUGAACACGGAGACACAAAAGAGGUCGAGGUGUUGCUGAAGGAGCUCAACCUGGGCCAACAUAAGUACGAGUUUACCUCUGUGGCUGUGUCCCUGUCCCUGGAAGGCAAGGCCAGUCACAGGGAGCUGACUUCCCGCCUGCUGUCCGAUCUGUCGGGGAAGAUGCUCACGCAGGGUGAAAUGGCCCACGCUUUCGAUAAGAUGCUGAAAGAACUGCCGGACCUCAUUCUGGACACGCCGGAGGCCCCUCAGAUGUUAGGUCAGUUCAUAGCCCGAGGCAUAGCCGAUCACGUCCUUCCCAUGGACUUCCUGGAUAGCUACAAAGGGAAAGUGGAUUGUGACCAUGCAAGAGUGGCUUUAGAUCGUGCUGCAGUGCUGCUGUCCAUGAAAAAAGGAAUGAUUGGUCUUGAUAACGUGUGGGGUGUUGGUGGAGGUCUGAGACCCGUUAAACAUCUUGUCAAAAAGAUGAACCUUCUCCUCAAGGAGUACCUGAUAUCCGGGGACGUGUCCGAGGCUGAGCGCUGUCUCCGGGACCUGGAAGUCCCUCACUUCCAUCAUGAGCUGGUCUAUGAGGCUAUAGUGAUGGUGCUGGAGUCAAAUGGGGACACUGCCAGUCACAUGAUGAUGAAACUUCUGCAGUCCUUCUGGAAAACAGGCCUCAUCACAGUGGAUCAGAUGAACAGGGGUUUCCAGCGCGUGUAUGACGAGCUGCAUGAGAUCAGUCUGGAUGUGCCCCAUGCCCACCCCAUCAUGGAGGCCUUUGUGGAUCUCUGCUACCAGGAGGCUGUCAUCACCAAACAGCUGCGGGACGCCUGUCCUUUCAGAGGGCGGAAGCGCUUUGUAAGCGAAGGAGACGGGGGAUUGAUCAAGAACUAAUCAACAUGUGGAAAAGCAGGAAGAGGAGGACGAAGACGAAGGGAGGGUGUCUACUGCUCUUCAGCCUCUGUUUCUGCCUCCAUGUGAAUCCCAACCUGGAACGUUCCUCUCCUGUUAAUGUCAUUUUACAAACCAGCAUUCACAUCAAACAGAGGAGCUGCCUGGGCGCUGGGCUCCCUUCAUGUUGUUAAUUACAGUUUUUGAAGAAUAUUCUGCAUCUCUGGGGUUGUUGCGACCCUCCUUGCUCGGUCUUUGUACCUGUUAGGAAUAAUUCAAGCUAACGCUGUGGGUGGUUAGGCCUGAGUUGUGGCAGGGGUAAUCUUUUUUUUGUUGUUGUUGUUCUACCUUUUUGCCAUGCGUUUUCCACACAGGCACUAAUAAUCAGGGGACAGGACAUACUGUACGGUCAGGGAGCUCAGCGGCAAAGAUCUAAAACUGCUUAUCCUCUGCCACAAACUAUCUGAAAUAAUUUCAAAGAAAUUGUUCUCUGUACAUUCUUAUUCUUGUUUCUCUCAGUUCUUAAAAAAAAAAACGGAGCCGUUUUUUUUCCGUUUCCACCUUGGUCACAUAAGACCAUGUGUUUACUUUGUAAAGCAUCAGUUGCAUUAAGAUGUGUUUGGUCACUGUUUAUUUGAAAACUGCAUUUGAACAGGCAUAAAUGAAUCGUCAGUUCUGAAAGUCGAAUAAAAAUUAUUUGGGUUCCUA